CUUCGCUGAAAGUAAUACACACACCUGCGCUGCGCUCUGACAAGAAACCAACGACAACGGCAACGACGUCAACGUAGAGACGCGACACAGUUUGUUCUCUCGCUCUCUGCGCGUGUUUUGCGCUCUCUCGAACAUCAUCUCUUCUACCGAUUUGUGUGCUCUCAGUUCGUUGCACGAUCGACGCGACGCUCUAAAGUUAUUUUGAACGCACACACAUAAUUUGUGUUACAUGCAACGCGCGUCAGUUGCAAAUGAGGCGCCGCUUAAAUAAUUACGCUAAACGGACAAAACGCAUAAUAAACCAUUUAUAAUUCGUCACGUUACGUUAAGUUACGUUAAAUUAUAAAUAGUGGUAUCAUCAAUUAAAUCGUGAAUAGUUCCGCUCGCCAUCGACCGGAACAGACGCUGUGCAAAAUUAUGCGCGUUUUUGUAUAUUUCAAAAUCAAAACCAUAUUCGCCUUUCCAACCACAAAAAGAACGCAUUUCUGAUAAAGAGCGAAUUUCGCUUUGAGUGUGAUUUCAAUAACAACAACAAAAAAAAAAAGAAAGAGAAGAGUGUGUUUGUGUGUUGGCAAAUAUCAACAAACAGCAGCGCAACAACAUCAUUAAAUAUCCGCUUGGCAAUUCCCAUACUUAACCCAGCAACACCAGAUCCAGCGAUAACGUCACCCCAAGGGGAACCCAGUAUUAUAAAAUCCAACAAAAUAAAAAAAAAAGAAAACAGUGCUCGAAUCUUUUGUUUCUAAAUACAAAUAUCAAUUAUUAUAAUUGUAAUUCGUUCUGUGCUGUGUUGGUGUUUUUGCUGCUCAACGUCAAGGUUGUAACAGGAACGGGGAGCGAAGAGCUUACAGCUGAGAGCUUUUUAGUAUUUUUUUUUGCCAGUCGCUCGACCGAGGAGGAGCUGUCAUUCGUCAGCAUACAAAACACACACUCGCAUACAUACGUAUAGAAACACAUACUGUGAGAUAUAUAAACAUAUUUCGUCUUUGUAUUGCUGUCGCCUCUGUUGCUGCUGCUGCUGCUGCUGCCGUCCGUUACAUUUUAGUCGCCGCCGCGUCAGCGACGCCGCGUGUUGUCGCCGCGUUUUCGCCGACCUCAAAAAACUACUACAACAAAAAAAUCAAAUAAAAUAAAACUAAAUAAAAAACAUUCACAUCGAUACAGUUUAGUGUUGUAUAACGCACGCGCGUGUAUUGAAUUUAAAUCAUCUUUUGACAACAAUUUGCACGCAUUUCCAAGAUGAAGCGACUGAUGACCUGGGAACGGGAUCUUGUCGAUGCGAUGUACGAGUAUCGACAGACGAGAUUCAGUUCACGGCGUGUACGGAAACGUGUGGUAUUCAAGCAUGGCGAAUGCAACGUGGUGCAAGGCAACGUGGCGAAGCGACGACGUCGUUAUCUGCAGCAUCUCUAUCGUUUGUGGCAGGACAUCUUCACCACACUGGUGGACGCACAGUGGCGCUGGACGCUGCUCGUCUUUGCCGCCAGCUUUGUCAUCUCGUGGGCCUUCUUCGCCCUUAUCUGGUGGACGAUAGCCUACGCCCACAACGAUCUGGAGUAUAUACAUCUGCGCAACACACAACCCGAACUCAUUGUCAACAUGACGCACGUGGAAUGCGUGAAGGAAGUCAAGGGUAUGAUGACCGCUUUCCUCUACUCCGUGGAGACGCAGACCACCAUUGGCUACGGCAAUCGCUAUGUGACCGAAGAGUGUCCUGAGGCCAUAUUCACCAUGUGCAUUCAGUGCAUCACGGGCGUCUUCAUCCAAGCCUUCAUGGUGGGCAUUGUGUUUGCCAAGCUGUCGCGUCCCAAGAAACGCGCCCAGACGCUGCUCUUCUCCAGGAAUGCGGUGAUCUGCCAUCGCGAUGGUACGCCAUGCCUGAUGUUCCGCGUCGGUGAUAUGCGGAAGUCGCACAUCAUUGAGGCGCAUGUGAGGGCGCAGGUGAUACGCAAGAAGGUGACGAAGGAGGGUGAGGUGUUGCCCUUCUAUCAGCAGGAGUUGCAUGUGGGCGCUGAUGGUGGCGAGGAUCGUUUGAUGUUCAUCUGGCCCACGACCAUCGUGCAUAAGAUCGAUCGGAAUAGUCCGCUCUAUAUGCUGUCCGCAUCGGAUAUGCUCAAGGAGCGUUUCGAGGUGGUUGUCAUGCUGGAGGGUGUCAUUGAGUCCACGGGCAUGACGACGCAGGCGCGUAGCAGUUAUUUGCCCUCGGAGAUUCUGUGGGGUCAUCGCUUUGUGAAUGUGGUGUCGUUCCGCAAGGAGACCGGCGAGUAUGAGGUGGACUACACGCUGUUCAACAACACCUACGACGUGGAUACGCCUUUGUGCAGUGCCAAGCAGCUGGACGAGGUCAAGUCCGAGUACACCAGAAGCACCAAGAGUGGGUUAGUUCCCUUUGCGGAUCGCACGCUCUCGGCGGCCAGCAUGUUACAGCGCAUUGCGUCGGCUGCUUCUGUGGAUCAUCUGGAUCCGGCUAGCGACGAGUCUCUGGACUCGGGACGUUUGCAAAUCCGCUCGCAUUCCAUACCGAACGGCGUGCUGGCCAGUGAACUGGAGCCGCUCAACAACAAUCACAAUCACACGCACAGCAAACACGGCGCCUCGUUCACAAUGGGCGGACACAACAUCUCCAUAACGACAACGGCGCCGAGCAUACCCAACCUAACAAGUAUUAAUGAGAGAACCAACUCCGGUAAUUCCAUAAACAGCAGCAACUACAACAGCAAUAACAACAGUCUCAGCACCCUCAAUGUUGGCACCGGCGGCAAUGGGAGCGGGAACGGGAGCGGAAGCGGUAGUGGUGGGGGCGUCACCAUUGUGAGCAGUUCGGGCAAUGGCAGCAAUCGAACGAAACAAUCGAAUCCCCGGCGAUUGAGCAUUAAACAAGAUCAGCUGCCCAUCGAUUCCAUGUGCUGAUAUUAUCUUCACAGCAACUGCGUCCGAUUGUGUUGAGAGUUGUUGCGUUGCGUUCCCCCAAAGACUCUCCACCUUCUCCUCGUCAUCCAUGCGCGAUCUGAUGUGUUGUAUUCUAAGUAUAGGCUCAUAGAAUUCUAAUUACAAAUUUAGUUCUAAAACAAUAUAAUCAUAAUAAUAAUAACAAUUCAGAGCAGAGGGCACAAAACUGCAGCUCUGCGUAGCUGUGACAAACCUAAAAAAAAAAAAAAAAAACAGAACCCUAAAUAAUUGCGCGAACCCUUUAAAAAAAAACAACCGAAUUCAGAGGUCCCAUCCAUUGUUUCCUAUCCCCCAUUGGAUCGCUUCUGGAUUCUGGACUUUUAAUUGAUCGAUAUAUAGUCUAUUUUUUGUUAGUGUUAGCUUUAAUGAAUUUAUUAUACAAAUAAGCAUUGAAUUGAUAUUACAACCCAAGAACGAUAUAUAAAAAAAAAACAAACCACAUAUACAAAUUGAUGAAACCAAAAUGCUGCAACUUCCUUGUACGAUAUUAUGUAAAGCUCAUAAAUGAUUAAUAUUAAAAAUAGUUAUUUAACGUAGUGCAAAAUGAGAAUAACAUGUUGAUGAAUUUUAACGAUAAUUGUUCAAUAUCUCAAUUAAUUACUCACUGAUUAACUAAUUAUACAAAAUGCAUAAAGUCUACAUAACUAUAUUCCAAAUUUUAAAGCAUGCAAAAUGAAUAAUGUGAGAAU